GGCCGGGAUGGAGCCGGGCCACUAACGUAGUGAUUACAUACUCUUUGCGGCCCACCUGUGAUGUGACUAGUGAUCUGUGAUGUGAUCAGCGUUCCGAGAAAUCUAAAUCUUUACUCUACCUACUCUUGUCAGUCUUGUUACUAUGAAGAUGAAUAAUACUGAAUACUGAUUGUUUGUAAAGUGUAAACUGUUAACUCAUUAAGCCUUGCUGUAAGUACUACAAUGGCAAAAGCUCGGGGUAUUUUUCAAAUAUAUCAAAAAGUACUUGCUAGACGGCCUUACUUAGUUCAAGCUAUUCAAACUGGAGCUUUAAUGGGGGCUGGUGAUCUUAUUGCACAAAUCAUAAUAGAGAAAAAGUCCACAGUUGAUUACAAAAGAACUCUUAAAUUUUCAUCUAUUGGACUUUUUGUUGGUGGACCCGCUCUGCGUGUAUGGUAUGGCCUGUUAAACAAGUAUGUAGGUGCAACUGGUAAAACUGUGGCUAUGAAAAAAGUAUUUGUAGAUCAAUUUAUAUUUGCCCCAACAUUUUUAUUUUUCAUCUUAGUUGCAGUUGGCACUAUGCAAGGAAAGUCUUGGAAUUCAAUAGAAAAAGACAUGCAUGAUAAUUACUUUGAUGUUCUUAAAUCAAACUACUACAUUUGGCCUUGGGUACAAUUAGUUAAUUUUUAUUAUAUUCCUCUUCAGUACCAAGUAUUACUCGUACAGUUUGUUGCACUAUUUUGGAAUACAUAUUUGUCUUGGAAAACAAAUAGUACUAAACAAUUACUAGAAUAAAAAUAAUAUUUUUAAUGAU